AUGUCGUGUAAAGUUAAAGUGGAACAAGGCGUGUUGCAAGGGAAAGAAUGUAUUUCGUGUUACGGGACGAAAUAUUAUAGUUUUGAGGGGAUACCUUACGCUAAACCUCCGGUUGGGAAGCUGCGGUUUCGAGAUCCUCAAAAACCAGACGACUGGUCUAGCUUACUGGAUGCAACGAAACCAGGCCCAAAAUGUAUUCAAAUUAACCCAUUCUCCCAAAAAGGUUUCGAAGGAUCCGAAGAUUGUCUAUACCUAAACGUGUACACGCCGAGUUUGCCACACGAGAAACUAGAAAAACUCCCAGUGAUAUUCUUUGUUCAUGGCGGCAGAUACCUUUUUGGUCAUGGAGAUUAUUACAGACCUGACUAUUUUAUAGACGAGGAUGUCAUUUUGGUAACCAUAAACUAUAGACUUCACAUACUUGGAUUCUUAUGCCUUCAUACCAAAAACGUACCAGGGAAUGCUGCGUUUAAAGAUACCGUAAUGGCUUUAAAAUGGGUUAAAAAUAACAUAAAAUAUUUUAACGGUGAUGAGAAUAACGUAACAGCAUUAGGAGAAAGCGCGGGAGCUGGUACAGUGCAGACGUAUAUUGUUACGAAAAUGACGGACGGUCUUGUUCACAAAAUAAUCGGACAAUCUGGAACGUGUCUUUCAGAUUUGUUGUUUAUUGAAGAUGAUCCUAUAGUAAAGGCUGAACAAAUAGCUAGUCUUCUUGGCAAAGACAUAAAGGACGUUAAUGUAUUAUAUGAUUUUUUACUAAAUGAGCCAGUUGAAAAUUUAGUAUCAGCUGCUAUGACUGCAGAAAUGUCAAGACCACCAUACAUUAUAAAUGCUAAUUUCUUACCCGUCGUUGAAAAGAAAUUCGACGGCGUUGAACCGUUUUUCGAAGAAUUCCCUUUAGCUACCAUUUUAAAAAACAAUCAUAAAAAGCUACCACAGUUGAUCGGCUUAAGCUCUCAUGACGGUGCUUUGUUUGUUCGAAAGGAUAGCGAUGGUAAUAUAUCAUAUAUUGAAGACACGCAAAGAUUUAUUCCCAGAUUUUUAUCAUUGCCUUAUGACAGUCCAAAAUCAAAAGAACUUGGUAGGGCAUUGCGUGAAUUUUACUUUAAAAAUGAACAAAUAAAUGACAACAAAAAAGAAGAAUACGUAAACUUUCUAUCAGACGCGUACUUCAUUCGAGAUGUAAUAACUUUUUGCGAACUUUUCAACACUGAGAAUUUGUACCUUUUUAAUUUUUGCUACUCGGGCAGUAUGAAUACGAGAACUAUGAAGAAUCUUGCCAUGAAAGGAGCAAGUCACGGAGACAUAGUUCAAUAUCAAUUUUAUAAGAAAAGCAAGCAUGAAAAAUGUGACGCAAACGACGAGAAAAUUGUUAAGUUUUUAAGCGAAGCUUGGUGUAGUUUUGCCAAGAAUGGAAUACCAACAUGGUCGAACCAGCGAAUAAAAUGGCUGCCAUACAACCGCGACACCCGUCUUUGCCUGAACAUAGAUCAAGAAUUGACUCUCACGCAGUAUCCCUAUUGGGAAAGAAUCAAAUUCUGGCUGGAUAAUAUGGAGGAUCUUCCUAAUAUUGACAAUGAUACUUACUUUUUCGCUUACGUGACUUUAGGAGAUAGACGUCUCACGCCUGUGCGGUGUAAGCCCGACAUCGCGCACUCCAACACGCGCCAGUUUCACGCGGUCUGUCCUGUCUGUCUGAAACGGUUCACAAACGCCAAAGAAAUGUCGUGUAAAGUUGAAGUGGAACAAGGCACAUUGCAAGGGAAAGAGUGUAUUUCGUGUUUUGGGAAGAAAUAUUACAGUUUUGAAGGGAUACCUUAUGCUAAACCUCCGGUUGGGAAGCUGAGAUUUCGAGAUCCCCAAAAACCAGACAACUGGUCUGGUCUACGGGAUGCAACGAAACCAGGCCCAAAAUGCAUUCAAAUGAACCCGUUCUCAGGAAAAGGCAUCGAAGGAUCAGAAGACUGUUUAUACCUAAACGUAUACACGCCGAGUUUGCCUAGAAAAGAAUUAAAAAAACUCCCAGUACUAUUCUUUGUUCAUGGCGGCACAUACCUUUUUGGCCAUGGAGAUUAUUACAAACCUGACUAUAUGAUAGACAAGGAUGUUAUUUUAGUUACCGUAAAUUAUAGACUUCACAUACUUGGAUUCUUAUGCCUUCAUACCAAAAACGUACCAGGGAAUGCUGCGUUUAAAGACACAAUAAUGGCUUUAAAAUGGGUUAAAAAUAACAUAAAAUACUUCAACGGUGAUGAAAAUAACGUAACAGCGUUUGGGGAAAGCGCGGGAGCUGGUACUGUGCAGGCGUAUCUUGUUACGAAAAUGACUGACGGUCUUGUUCACAAAAUAAUCGGACAAUCUGGGAGUUGUCUUUCACAUGUGUUAUACUAUACUGAAGAAAAUCCUAUAGCUAAGGCUGAACAAAUAGCUAAUCUUCUUGGCAAAGACAUAAAGGACGUUAAUGAAUUAUAUGAAUUUCUUUUAAAUGAGCCAGUUGAAAAUUUAUUAUCAGCCGUUAUGACCGUGGAAAUGUCACGACCACCGCACAUUUUUAAUUGUAAUUUCUUACCCGUUGUUGAAAAGAAAUUCGAAGGCGUUGAGCCGUGUAUUGAAGAACUCCCUCUAGCUAUCAUACUGAAAAAUAAUCAUAAAAAGCUACCACUAUUGACAGGCGCAGCCUCUCAUGAUGGCGCUUCGUUUGCUCAAGUAGAUAGCGAUGGAAAUAUAUCAUAUGUUAAGGACACACAAAGAUUUAUUCCGAGAUUUCUGUCCUUGCCACAUGACAGUCCAAAAUCAAAGAAACUUGGAAUACCAACAUGGUCGAACCAGCGUACAAAAUGGAUGCCUUACAACCGCGACACCCGUCUCUGCUUGAACAUAGAUCAAGAAUUGACUCUUACGCAGUAUCCCUAUUGGGAAAGAAUCAAAUUCUGGUUUGAUAAUAUCGUGAAUACGACCAUAAUGCCUCCCAAACGGGCAUUAUGGUCUGAAGAAGACCUGGUGUCAGCAGUUCGAGCUGUUCAAAUGGGAAUUCUGAGUACGUAUAAAGCUGCUGAGAGAUAUAAGGAAGAUGAUCUGGUGAAGAGGAUUAUCAGGUUUUCUGAAAUAGGAUUGCCCGUCAUACCACGCAUACUUCGUCGCUUGGUCUACAAAUUUUGUGAGGCUAAUAACAUAAAGCACAGUUUCAAUGAAAACACUAAACUCGCUGGCAAGGACUGGUUUAAAGCUUUCAUGAAAAGACACCCUAAUUUAUCUAAAAGAAAAGCUCAGUUUAUGAACCCGGCGCGGGCACAAAAACUCAACAAGUUCAUUGUUGAUGACCAUUUCUCAAAAAUAAAAGCAGUUUAUGACGAUUUGGACCUGACAAAUCAUCCUGAACGAAUCUACAACAUGGAUGAAAAAGGUUGUCGAUUAACGAUCCACCACCAACAAACUGUUUUGGCUCAGAAAGGGGCAAAACGAGUGCAUUUGCAGUCUUCGGAACACGCAGAAAGCGUCACGAUUGCGGGAUGUGUAAAUGCGCUCGGUACUGCCAUACCUCCAAUGGUGAUAUUUAAAGGGAAAAGGCUGAAGCCGGAAUUAUACGAUAAUUUACCACCGGGAACUUUAAUAGAAAAAUCAGCUAAGGGUUAUAUGACAAAUGAUCUUUUCAAGGAAUUUUUGAAACACUUAGCCAGAUACAAAAGUGCUGGAAAGUGUCUUUUGAUUUUUGAUGGAGCAGCCUGUCAUUUAGAUCUGAGUAUCGUCGACGUCGCAGAUUCGUUCGACAUAUCCUUAUACUGUCUGCCAUCGAACAGAACACAUGAACUUCAGCCGCUUGACAAAGCAGUUUACCGUUCAUUUGAACAUCACUGGGAUGCUGAAGUCUUAUGUUUCUUGGAUCAAAAUCCAGACAAGAAGCUAACCAAGGCGCGAUUUAAUGUCAUACUUUCUAAUGUCUGGUCCAAAUGCAUGACACAUAGUAACAUAACCAGUGGCUUUAGAGCCACUGGUCUGUUUCUUUUGAAUCCUGAAGCAAUUCCGGAAACUGCUUUUGCUCCGUCGGUAUUAACAGAAGUUCCAGCACAGAUGGUACCAGAAAAUCAAGAAAACUUGCACCCGAAUUCUCCCAGGCCAUCGACUUCAACAAGUUUUCAAAAAAAUUUAGAUUUCAGCAAUAAAACGCCUGUUAAAAGAAGUGAGACGUCUGCUACAACAUCUGAUGCAAUAGAGCUGACGCCAGCCAGGCCUACCGGAAGGGACCUUCACCGUUUGGUUUGUUUUUCAGAUUCGGACGAUGAAGACGAUGUACCGCUCUCUCUGUUGAACAAAAAAACGCCUUUUUACCAACUUAUGCCAACACCAGUGAAGAUUACACAAAAAACACCGACGACGACGAUUCGAAAAAAAGCAAUUAAUUACAGAGGGACACCGAUUACAAAAGAUAUUUUUGAAAAUAAUAAAAAGAAAGCGAAGAAAACUGAAGCAAAAAAGAAGAAUGAUAUCUCGCAGCAGGAAAGAGGGUGGUACUGCCAUGCUUGCGAAGAAGAUAAGAUGGCUGACAUGCGAAAAUGCGAAAAAUGUGGAAAAUGGUUCCAUGAAGAAUGUGUUGGUUUGUCGGUUGAUGAUACCGACACAUUUGAGUGUCCUGAUGGCUGCAACUAA